GUACGUAUGAAGCCUGUCCGGAUGUUUUUUCCUACUGCAUAACCAAUCGGUAGCUUGCAUCACUUUUGUACUAAUCACAAGCUGCUGUUGAAUGAGCUGGCAUUGUCCACGAUACAACGGCGGCUAAUCAUACUACAACACAGUGGUGUCGCGUCUUUUUAACAACUGUGAUAGUCCUCGUUGUCUACAUCACUCUCUGCGUGAAACAUUGCGAGAUGUCACAAUGUUGAGCGGGUUUUCGCUAUAACUGCUCCUGAUACUCACCCUCAGAUUGGUGUUGUAACAUAACAGGUCUUCAUCAUGACGCAAAGAGCAAACUCGACUCCGGCUUCUCUGACCGAGUUGGCUUACCUCAGGCGUCUGCAGAGAUACCAACAUCGAAAGAGCGACAACAUCGAGCAUCGCCUGCAUUGGUUAGAGACUUCCUGCGAGGCUCGGGAUCGUGUUCUCAAAGGCUCAAAUGGAUUACGACAUCAGCUUACUGAAGCGAUCCAGUCUGGAGAUCGCAACAGGUUUUCAUUGCUUUUCAACACUUUUCACACUCUGAACCAAGCAUGUGACGAAUGGGAGUCACAAUCAGCUCCAUCGGAGGCAUCGAACAUCCCUGUCUCGGACCACCGGAGCAGCUCGUUUUUGGAGGACGUGUCGCCUGACACCCGCGACAUCUUGAUGGCCUUUCUGUCUCGUAUUUCCUUUGAUCCGACUCUUCUACUUGACCGUCUGUUGGACCUCAAAAAUUCCGAUUUUGCUUCCCUGUCCAGGCCAUACGCUCAUAGUCCGUCUAGCCACUUGGGAUUUGGUAGCCUCCCCAGGCGAGCAGCGGACGAAGCUGAGAACGAGACCAUCGGCAGUUUCCUAGAUUUUUCCAGAUCUGAUGUACUUGGUUUACUCCUUCGGUUGAUACCCACCGGUGAGCAUCUUCAAAGCGGACCACUUCCAAAUGCCUGGGGGCUUAUUUGUGCCGGACUUCUGUCGCACCAAAAGCCUGGUAGCGACAAAUUUGUCGUGACCGUCUUGAAUGCGCACCUGGGACAGUUGGACAAAACGGCCUGUCACUGUCUGGAGAACUGGCUUCUGGACACCCUCAGAGAUGGCGAUUUCUUAUUGUAUCAAACUGACAGACAGUCUUUCCGGAACAAAGCUCAAGUACCCUCUGGUCAAACUGGUGACGAUACCAAAGCUUUAGAGGAAUUCUUCGCCAAAGCCAUCGGAAGAUUACUCCUAAUUCUUAAGGACAACGAGUUAACAAGGGUCAUUCCGAACAGUGUCUUGGUGCUGGGGAGAUCAAUCGUAGCAGAACUCGAGCCUUCAUCCCAGCAGCAACAAGCAGCUCCAUACUUUCUUUGCACACGAUGGCUCUUUGCCUCUUACUUGUCGUCCGUAAUUACAAGUCCCGAGGUACGUGGUGUGGUUGAUGAGAAAUUUGGUCUGAAACUGAUAGUGGUCCAGACCUUUGGUCUUUUACUCUCUCAUCAUAUUUCCUCUACCUCCCGUCAACGCAUACUCCGCGAACUGGCGCAUCGCGCAAGACAAAUGAUGGAAGGUGUUGCCUAUUCAUGGUAUGUGAAACCUCCCUGGAAAGCCUGUCAGUCUUAUGUAGUGCAGGAAACAAACCUCUCCUAUUGUACCGAGCAUCAUCACGAACAUCGAGUGUAUCGUGGGUCUGUUUCGACCCGUUGUACAGAAACCGAAAAAGUCUUCGGGUCUCCAACAGCCGGACGAGCCAGUACGGAGCCAUUUGAUUAACCAUCGUGCACAGGUGACUGUAUGCCCAUUGGAAAUCAUCAACGCAAUUCGUGUGCUCUAUCCCGAAUGUGGAGAGGAUCUAUAUCGCAGCUUCCAUACUGUUGGCGGCUCCACUCUAAGAUCUUCAGCCUCUUCCAUCUCCGGGCUGUCCUUAUUCCGGACCGUGUCUCCCUCUGAACCUGUAUCCCCACGGAAUGGUUUCUGCGAGUCUGUCCCAGAGGUAGGUAGCUCUGAAAUACUCCCUAGCUCCGGAUCCGCAUUAGGAGAUCAUUGUCGGGACGA